AUGGGCAAUGCAGUCACAGUAGGUUACAUCUUUGAUAUCAGAACCAGAAAGCUCCAGGUGUCGAAGAAGCCGCCACUACCGUCCUCGAAAGCGAAGGUCAAGCUGCGCAACGCCUCCAGUGAGGAGAACUUGGGGCGUCCGCAGGCAGCGCGAACGGACUUCGAACGAGAAACUGGGGAUCUCGGCGUGAGCGCUGGCCGGACGGGAUCGACCUCCCUCGACGUCGAAUUCUCAGUCAGUCGUCCACACGUGCCGUGCGAGGAGGGUCCUGUGACAGCGCAGUGCCGCGGAUGUGUCAGUGGACCCCAAAGACCCUCAGGUGCGGAAACUUGUCUACAACAUGUACCGAGGGAUGCUGGACAAAAAACACGAGAAAGCCAACGUGAUUAUCGAAGCCGCGCCUCAAGACAUGGUGUCCACGGAUGCUGGCGUCUCGGACAGGGUCGUGAGCAUGAUGCGGCAACAGAACGAGUUGAAAGGAGGCAAUAUGCAUGCAGGAGGCCCCCCGCCCCCCCCGCCGCCGCCACCCAUCCCUGGCAUCACUCAGUCGACGCGACUUCCCUCCGAGAUCCCCGUACGCCCGCAGCCGAUGAACCCGCCCGCAGCCCUCGCCGGCGCCAUGAUGAAGGAGAAAAAGCCCUUUACAUACACUCCCGGAGGACUCGACCUCUCAGAAAUCAAGUCCCCCAGGAUGCAGCGCCGCCUCUACAGGAAUGCGCAGUCAGAGGGCGUGCGGCCGUCGCCCUUGGCUGCACAGCCCUCGCAAAAUGCCACCAAUGCCACGUCAGGGCAGUCGUCGGCGCCUCUGGGAAUGCCGGUCCAGGUUCUCCCUAUGCCGGGCAUGCACAUGGGGCCGCAGCAGCAACCUCAGCCACAGCCCAAGGAGCCUCCCAAGCCCAAGAAGAAUGUGUGUGGCCCUCCGCCGCCCCCGCCGCCCUUCGCAGUGUCGCCAAACUCUUCCUAUACUCCCUCUGUCGCUUCGCCUCCUGUGAUUACCUCCCCGCCUUUAGACUUCUCCCCUGUGGCGCCUCUGCCCCAGAUGGCUAAGGAGCCGGGUCCUUCCAUACCCGCGGCUCCUCCUCUGCCCCUUCAGGUCCCUACUGCCAGAAGAGGGUCACUGAUCAUUUCCUCGCCGCCUUCCUCACCGCUUGUCAGCAGUGGGUCCAGUGACUUCUCGUCGCCGCCUCCUCCACUCCCGCCGCCUCAGCCCGUGAAAGUGCCUGUCACUCCACCAGUUAUGCCGGCACCUUUCGAGCCUCCUUCAAUGCCUCCGCCACAG